AGAGACUGUUUUAUGCCUUCCAUUCCACUGACAUCGUGCGGUAUUACGAAUGGCACGUGUAUGUGUCUCGACAACACGUUCCAGGCACUUGCAUCGGCAUGCCUGAGCCAAAAAUGCUCGCCGGUCGAUAUUCUAACAACUUUGCGGCUCGAGGCUGAGGGCUGCCAUCGAGAGAAGAGAUCACGCAAGUGGUCGCUUCUAAUACCUUUGCUAUUCGAGGUUCCCGCCUGGUUCUUCAUAUGGAUCAGGCUGUACUCCAGAUGGUCCCUGCUGGGCCGAUGGGAUCUAGAUGACUGGCUCAUGUUCCCAGUUGGCGCUUUCUAUACAGUUUCCACUGUAUUUUCACACUACGGGGGUCAUAUGGCAUAUGGAGUUGAUAUGUGGACUCUGGAAGCCUAUCAAGUGACACAAUCGAGUAAAUAUUUCUACAUCUCGGACCUCUUCUACCUCGUUGCCCUCGCCCUGACCAAAAUCUCGAUGCUUUGGUUCUAUCUCCGAAUAUUCCCUCCCAACAAGCACUUCCGAUUCCUGGUCUACGCAUCCAUCGCCAUCACCGCCAUCCCCACGACAGCACUCGUCUUCCUCAAUAUAUUCAAAUGUAUACCUGUCCAUUCGGUCUGGGACGGUUGGAUGAACCCCGACUCCCCAGCCCGGUGCUUCAAUUCCCAAAUACUCAAGUAUGUCUCCUCGGGGCUCAAUAUUGUACAGGACCUGAUCAUCUUCCUCCUCCCCAUGGGGUCGCUCCUCCGGCUGAAGAUGGACAAUCGGUCAAAAUGGGGCAUCUCGCUCAUGUUCGGUCUGGGAAUUCUGAUCCUCGUCACGUCCUGCGUUCGGCUGAAAUACAUUACUUCAUACGGCACGGCAAACAACGCAUCGUGGGAGUACACCGACACAAUUAUCUGGACUGGCCUCGAACUCUCCGUCGUCAUCAUUGUGGCCUGCCUGCCCGCUAUUUGGCUCUUGGUGAAGCGGAUUCUGCCCUCGGCCGUAUCGAGGAAUAGAAGCGGAUAUAUCAGGCAGACAUCCGGUGGAAAACAGCGAGUUGACAAGCGAAGGAUCUUCUUUGGAACCAAGAAAGUAGAGAAGGAGGAUAACGAGAGUGAAGUCGAGCUGGGACUUGAUUUGGGGGACAGGAGAGGUGGAAGAGUGCGAACGCACAUUUCAACCCAUCGACGGAGUCUUGAUGACUACCCAGUGGGCAACGGGAUUAGAGUUGACACUGUCCUGACAACACUUGUCACUAUGUCGCGGAUAGACAGCUUUGAUGGCAAGGGCGUUAUGGGAUAA